AGGUCCUCAGACUUGUGCGGCCAGUACUUCCCGGACCAAGCUCUCUUUCCUGUUCUCACCAGCUUUUGCUGUUUGCUUGCAGGCUGUUUAAUUUCUUCAGGAGUCUAGUCUGUCAGGCCUAAUGUGGGGAGCUGCAUCUAGCGAGGCAGAGAGACACCAGCAGCAGGACCAGACCAGUGCAGCCGUACAAACCGGUCUGUAGCAGGACUGUCAUCCAUGUUCAUUGAACGUGAUUUCUGCCUCCCGGAGACCAGAAAGGGAGGAAGCAGAGUGGGAGCUCCUAGGUGGGAGGGAACUCGGAGGCCUCUGGGUUUAGGUUUUCUCCGCGCUCCUCCUCCGGGCUGGCCCUGCUCUAUGAGAUGCGAGGUGGAGGCUUGUACAGCACACUGAGAAGUUGCUGACAGCAUUUGUUUCUUCUUCUUUAGAGAUUUAUUAACUUUUAUUUUGUGUGUAUGAGUUUUGCCUCAUGCCUGCAUGCGUCUAGCGUACCCAGGGAGGUCAGAAGAAGGCAUUGGUUCCCCUGGAACUGGAGUUAAAGAUAAUUGUGAGCUGCCAUGUGGCUGCUGGGAAUUAAAUCUGGGUCCUCUGCAAGAGCAGCCAGUGUUUGUUCUUUCUUUUCUUUCUUUUUUUUUUUUUUUUUUGGUUUUUUGAGACAGGCUUUCUCUGUAGCCCUGGCUGUCCUGGAACUCACUUUGUAAACCAGGCUGACCUCGAACUCAGAAAUCUGCCUGCCUCUGCCUCCCGAGUGCUGGGAUUAAAGGCGCGCGUGCUCUUUCUUAAGCACUGAGCCCUGUCUCUCCAGCCCGCAGCUGGCAGUAUCCUCAGCAGCCAUUCCUGGAACUCUGCUCUUCAAAGCCCCAGAGAGGAGAAAGCCACAUGCAGGGGGUGCUCAGGAGCUGGACUGAGCCUGAGCCGUCAUGGAAGCAUUAGCUCCCGGUCCUAGAUGCUGCUGUGAUCAUGCGCGUGGCCCUAGCUGUGGCUUGAUAGCAGCAUACACGCUGGACUCCUCCUGCCUGCAGUCAGCAGUGUUCCACUGCCUGGCACGGAGCUGGCACUGAGUGCAGGUGUGGGGUUGUCCUGUUUGUUUCCUUGAUUUUAUUUAUGUUUGCUUGUUUGUUUGUUUUGUUUUCUGAGAUGGGGUCUCUGCGUAGUCCUGGCUAUCCUAGAAUGCAUCAUAUAGAUCAGGCCGGGCUUGAACUCAUUGAGGCCCUCUGUCUCUGCCUCCAGAGUGCUGGGAUUAAAGGACUGUGUCACCCUGUCCAGCGAUUUAGUUUUCAUUUAUUUGACAGUUUUAUUUAUUUACUUUAGACGAGGUCUCCUUGUAUAUCCCUGGCUGGUCUAGAACUCUCUACAUGACUAGGCUGACCUCAGACACAAAGAUCUACCUGUCUCUAUCUCCCAAGUACUGGAAUUAAAGGUGUAGACACCAUUCCUGGUUUGAUGUUUGUUGAGGCAAGGUGUGAUGUAGCCCAGGCUGGCUCGGAGCUCCUGAUCUUCCCACCUACAACUUUUGAGUGCAGGUGUGCACUGCCAUGCUCGGCUUAGAACAGGACGGUCUGUUACGAGUGAGGUUGUAUCACUGGAGGCCAGCAGUGCCCAGUGUCUGCCUACAGGGGGCAAGGGAAGUCUCGAGCUUGUAUGAAGGCAGGAAGCCCAGCAGACACCUCCUUUUCCUUCUCUGAGCUGGAAACCAGAGGGGAAGGUCCCACCCAGAAAGCCUUUGUGCCUGACCCGAGUCACUUCCGGCUCUUCAGUGUGUUGGAGUCCCUCAAGAAGGGCUGAGCACUGACUUGGAGAAGCUCCGCAUAAAGAUAAGCUGUGUGGCCGGUGCUAGUGGAGAGCCCCUGCUGAUCAAAGCCACCCUGGGCUACGCGGGCGGACUCCAUUUCAGCUUCUCCAUGCUUCCCCAUAGAAGAAGACGUCGCUGUUGAGUUGAUGUUCGUUCUAGGCCAGCCCGUCACUCACGGCACGAGAUCCUCUCAGGGAGCCUGCUGCUGCUGGGAACCAUGACAGUGAGGGGGGCCGCGCUGGCCCCAGACCCAGCGUCACCCACAACCACAACAGCUUCACCUAGCGUCUCUGCCACCCCCGAGGGCAGCCCCACAGCCAUGGAGCACCCUGUGUUCCUGAUGACCACUGCCGCCCAGGCCAUCUCCGGCUUCUUUGUGUGGACAGCUCUGCUCAUCACUUGCCACCAGAUCUACAUGCAUCUGCGCUGCUACAGCCGUCCCAAUGAGCAGCGCCACAUCGUGCGCAUCCUCUUCAUCGUGCCCAUCUACGCCUUCGACUCCUGGCUCAGCCUCCUCUUCUUCACCAAUGACCAGUACUACGUGUACUUCGGCACCGUCCGAGACUGCUAUGAGGGACCUGAGGCUGGCACGUCAUUCCUCAGUCUCUCAGGAGCCUCUGGACCAACCUCACAAGGAUAGAUCUGGAUCCCUCUUCCCCACCUGGCUGUCCAUCUGUCGCUAAUGGACGGGAGAGGCCGAGACCAGCGGAAGGUGCUCAAGUUUAACAGAGGAGAGAGCUUGGCGCAGCCAGAUGCACUGGGGACCAUCAGUUCUGUACAAGCCUUUGUCAUCUAUAACUUCCUGAGCUUGUGCUAUGAGUACCUCGGGGGAGAGAGUGCCAUCAUGUCUGAGAUCAGAGGGAAGGCCAUUGAGUCCAGCUGUAUGUACGGCACGUGCUGCCUCUGGGGAAAGACCUACUCCAUCGGAUUCCUGCGGUUCUGUAAACAGGCCACCCUGCAGUUCUGUGUGGUGAAGCCACUCAUGGCCGUCAGCACCGUUAUACUCCAGGCCUUUGGCAAGUACCGGGACGGAGACUUUGAUGUCACCAGUGGGUACCUCUACGUGACCAUCAUCUACAACAUCUCCGUCAGCCUGGCCCUAUAUGCGCUCUUCCUCUUCUACUUUGCCACAAGGGAGCUGCUCAGCCCCUACAGCCCUGUCCUCAAGUUCUUCAUGGUCAAGUCCGUCAUAUUCCUCUCCUUCUGGCAAGGCAUGCUGCUGGCCAUCUUAGAGAAGUGCGGGGCCAUCCCCAAGAUCAACUCAGCGCGAGUGUCAGUGGGUGAGGGCACCGUGGCUGCCGGCUACCAGGACUUCAUCAUCUGUGUGGAGAUGUUCUUCGCGGCCUUGGCCCUGCGGCAUGCCUUCACCUACAAGGUCUACGCUGACAAGAGACUGGACGCUCAAGUGCUGACGUACGGCCCAUACGGCCGCUGCGCCCCCAUGAAGAGCAUCUCCAGCAGCCUCAAAGAGACCAUGAACCCACACGAUAUUGUGCAGGACGCCAUCCACAACUUCUCGCCAGCCUACCAGCAGUACACGCAGCAGUCCACUCUGGAGCCCGGGCCCACCUGGCGUGGCGGCACGCACAGCCUUUCCCGCUCCCACAGCCUUAGUGGUGCACGCGACAAUGAGAAGACUCUGCUGCUCAGCUCUGAUGAUGAGUUCUAAGUGUGGGCCCUGGAGGGGAAGGAGAGGUGCUUCCCCCAGCCCCCAGCCAGGCUGGGGAGCAGAGCAACCAGCACAGCAUGGCUGCUGCCCUUUUAUUUAUUGGACCAGAAACUCGCAUAUCACUUCCAGAGGAACAGGCCUCAGGAAUAUUUCUCCCUGGCCAGCCCUGCACUAGCUGGGGCAGGGGCAGAGGACAGCGGCUGUAGCUGUCACAUCUCUGCGACUCAUCCUGUACCGUGUGUUGGCCAGAAGCUGCAUCCUAAGCCCCCUCCCCAACAAGAUAUCUGCCGAGCUGUCAGGCCCAGCCCACCCUACACCGUGCAAUACCCAGACCCAGCCUGGUCUUUCCCCAGGCCUUUGCCCGCUUCUCCCUGGUCACCCUUGUCCAGUGUGAGUUUUGUCACAUUCUGGGCAGGUAGAGACGUGAAUGCUCUGUGGACCCUCCCCCUCUCCCAACCUAGGCCUGUCUGGCAUGCUGCAAGGACCAGAGCCAGCCCCCAGGAGCCUCAGGGCCCACUUAGGAAGGAUGCCUUGUGCCUAUGGGCCCUUUGGUGACAUGUGGGGCUCUGGAUCCUUGGGUGUCCUCACUGUGGCCACUCUGCCUGCUGAGGACAGCCAGAAGCCCACACUGCCCUCUCACUUGGGUCCAGUUCUUGAUAGUUGGGGGCAGAGCCCCCACACUCCCUUAUACUUCCUGACUGUGCCAGGGCUUGGGUUCCCCACCACCUCCUCAAUGGAGCAAAGACUCCUGCUAGGCCCUGGUCUCCCUGGGGUUUAUCCCUCCUGGGUCAUGGGAAAAGUCAGUCUCCACAUUACAGAUCACUUCCAGAGGGAGGCUGGAGGGAUGGUCAUACAGCGGGGCCAAGGUAGGGGUGGUCUCAGACCCUCCUGGGUCCCCUGACCAUACAGGGCCUGGUGGUCUGCUCCAUCUGGCCCCUGGCCCAUCUCUUCUGUGCCUUAGUCACAUAUGAAAGCCCCUCCCCAGUUCCCGUCUGCUCCAGGCACUCCUCGUUGAGCUGCUGGCACUCAGGGUUCCGCAGCGCUGGGUUGGGCAUCCUUGGGACCACCCACCCUCUCCCUGGCUCCCUCUACACGCACAUCCCAGAGCUGCCUCCCAGGGCUGGGAUCUCAGAGGUAGGGUGGCAGGGGCCUGGUAAGCAGAAUUCAAGCAGCACUUGGUCUUGGCUCCAGUAGCCUCUUGAGGUGGAGAGUGGUGGGGAGCCCUACCUUGUAGCCUUCAGUGGAUGCUCUCCCCUUGGUCACCUCUGGAACAAACAGGUUCCUUCCCUGGGGUCCAUAGGGAGGGACCUCAUGGGGCUGUCACAUCCUAGCAACCUUCUUAGCCUCCUUCCUUCCUUCCACACGGCCCAGAGGCCAGCUCGGCCCCACCCAGAGGGCCUGGCCAGCUGCUCCCAAGCCACCCAGGGAGGCAGCAGACAGGUGGGAGCUCCUGGGGCACGGCCGUGGGAUUGCUUCCACCAGUGUGUUUCUGAGACUUCUCCUUAUCUUCCAGGCCAAAGUAUGUUGCUGCUUCCUGUCUCCACUGGUCCCCACCUACCCUGGCACUUGCCCUGUGACAUGAUGGGUGAGGCUGUGGGGGAACUCAGUGGCAGGAAGCUAGUGGUCCCUGGGAACAGGGGACAGGAAUCCGUACCCAACUGCCCCGUUCUUUCUUCCCAUUCUUUCUUCCUAGGAUGCAUAAACUAUCUUGUCUCAUUUAUUUUUUAAUUUUUUUUCAGAUAGAGUAGCUCUUUGUACAUAAAAAAAAUACUUGAAAAUUGUAUGAUGUAUGAGAAGACAGAGCCCCCUAGUUUUGUAUUUUGUCCUGUGACUGCCAUGCGUUCCACCAGAAAGCCGCUCUAUUUUGGUCUCUGUGAUAUUUUAAAUGCGUGACAGAAGCAAGCAAAUAAAGUCAGGAAGAAAUAUAUAUAUGAGAUAAUAUAGAUUGUAUUGAAAUCUC